GCGGGGCCGCGGCCGUUGUGGGCGGGGCGUCGCGGCGGCCAUGGCGGCGGAAGCGGCGGAGCGGCACCUGGAGCUGCUGCGGGAGGAGCGGGAGGCGGAGCUGGCCGAGAGCAGGGCAUGGCAGGAGAGCGUCUCCCUGAAGGAAUUGCAGCGGAGGGGCGUCUGCUUGCUCAAACUCCAGGUCACCAGCCAGAGAACCGGCCUCUACGGGCGUCUCCUCGUGACAUUCCAGCCCAGGAAAUGGGAUUCGGACUCCGAGCUGCCCUCCAACAGCUUUGGGCCUGGGGACAUCGUGGGGCUCUACGACUCUGCUGGGCAGGGUGACCCAGUGGCCACCGGCGUCGUGACCCGUGUCACCUCCAAGGCAGUGACCGUGGCCCUGGAGGAGCCCCGGGAUGGGGAGCUGGGCCUGGACCACGAGCGCUCCUUCCGCCUGCUCAAGCUGGCCAACGACGUCACCUACAACAGGCUCAAAAGAGCUUUAACUGCACUCAAGCAGUACCGUGGUGGCCCGGCCUCCGACCUGAUCGACGUCCUCUUCUUUGCUUCUGCUCCCAGGGCGUCCAGUGACACAAAGCCUCUGAAGUUUUUCAAUACCUCACUGGAUGAAUCCCAGAGGGAAGCUGUCUCCUUCUCCCUGGCCCAGAGGGAGCUCGCCAUCAUCCACGGACCACCCGGCACAGGGAAGACCACGACCCUGGUGGAGAUCAUCCUGCAGGCUGUGCAGCAAGGCCUCAAGGUGCUGUGCUGUGCCCCUUCCAACGUGGCUGUGGAUAACCUGGUGGAAAGGCUGGCCAGCUCCAAGGCCCGGAUCCUGCGGCUGGGACACCCCGCUCGCCUGCUGGAGCCCAUCCAGCAGCAUUCCCUGGAUGCAGUCCUGGCCCGUGGGGACAACGCCCAGAUAGUGGCAGAUAUCAGGAAGGACAUCGACCAGGCCUGGGCAAAAACCAAAAGGGCCCAGGACAAGGGAGAGCGGAGCCAUUUCCUGGGUGAGAUAAAGACCCUGAGGAAGGAGCUGAAGGAGCGAGAAGAAGCUGCCAUGGCCUCAGCCCUCGGCCACGCCAGCGUUGUCCUGGCCACCAACACAGGUGCCUCCUCCGACGGCCCGCUGAAGCUGCUGCCCGAAAACCACUUCGACCUGGUGGUGAUUGAUGAGUGUGCUCAGGCCCUGGAAGCCAGUUGCUGGAUCCCUCUGCUGAAGGCUCCCAAGUGCAUCCUGGCCGGGGAUCACAAGCAGCUGCCCCCCACCAUCGUCUCCCACAGGGCCGCGGCCCAGGGCCUGUCCCUGAGCCUGAUGGAGCGGCUGGCGCGGCACUACGGGGAGCGGGCGGUGCGGAUGCUGACGGUGCAGUACCGCAUGCACCGGCUCAUCAUGGACUGGGCCUCCUCGGAGCUCUACGGCGGCCGGCUCAGCGCCCACCCCUCCGUGGCACAGCACCUGCUCAGGGACCUGCCAGGUGUCUCCUCCACAGAAGAGACCACCAUUGCCUUGCUGCUCAUCGACACCGCUGGCUGUGGCCUGUUUGAGCUGGAAGAGGAGGAUGAACAGUCCAAGGGGAAUCCAGGGGAGGUCCAGCUGGCCGGGCUGCACGUCCAGGCCUUGGUGGACGCUGGUGUGAAGGCCAAGGACAUCGCUGUGGUGGCUCCCUACAACCUCCAGGUGGACAUGCUACGAGAGCACCUUUGUCACAGCCACCCCGAGCUGGAAAUCAAAUCAGUUGAUGGUUUCCAAGGAAGAGAGAAGGAGGCAGUGAUCCUGUCCUUUGUCAGAUCCAACAGGAAAGGUGAGGUGGGUUUCCUGGCGGAGGAGCGGCGGAUCAACGUGGCGGUGACGCGGGCGCGGCGCCACGUGGCCGUGGUGUGUGACAGCCACACCGUGGGCAGCCAGCCCUUCCUGCGCCGCCUCCUGGACCACUUCUCCCGCCACGGCCACGUCCGCUCCGCCUUCGAGUACCUGGAUGACCUCGUGCCCCAAAACUACUCCGGGAAGGGCCGGGGCGAGCGGCAGCAGGGCCCGAAACCGCCCGCGGCGUCCGGCCCCAAACCGCGGCCGGCUCUGGGCGGGAAGCAAAAGGCGGGAGCAGCAGCCGGAGCUGGGAGCCAGAAACAGGGAGCACGUUCCUCCCGGAACACCGCCGGAGCUGGGAGAGAGGACUCAGGGACAAAGGAUGCCGGGGACAGGUUCAGGGCCGCGCUGGUGGCGUUCCUGGCGAGCGGCGAGGUGCAGCUGGAUUUCCCGCCGUCCCUGAAUUCCCACGACCGGAUGCUGGUUCACCUGCUGGCAGAGGAAUACGGGCUGCAGCACCUGAGCUCCGGGGAGGGCCGGGACAGGUACAUCAGUGUCCGUAAGAGAGACCCCGUGGAGCCCCCCGAGCCGCCCCCCGAGCCCCCGCAGCCCCUUCCAGAGCCUGAGCAUCCCAGCGGGAGCACCCCUGUCCCUGCGGAGCCGGGGGGGAGCAGCGAGGGCUCGGGGAAAGUGGACCUGAAAUCCCUGCACCUGGAGAGAGUCCAGAGGGAGAAAGCCAGACGGGAGGAGGCGGCGGGAAGGAAGGUGCGGGAGCCCGGCACCAGCAGCAGGAAAAAGGACAAAAGCGAAGCCAAAGGAAAGCCGGCGGUCGGGAGCGGAGCAGGAGAAGAUUUCGACGCUCUGAUCUCUGCGGCCAUGGAGGCUGACAGGACCUGUGCCUUCCCCCGCUGCAAAGCCUCUGUCACAACCCUGGGCCAGCUCUGCCACCACUGCCACCGGUGCUACUGCCUCAGCCACCACAUCCCUGAGGUCCACGGCUGUGGGGACAAGGCCAAGGCCCAGGCGCGGCAGCGGAUCAGCAGGGAAGGGGUCCUGUAUCCCGGGAGUGGCUCCAAGGACAAAUCCCUGGACCCAGCCAAGCGAGCCCACCUCCAGCGGCGCCUGGACAAGAAGCUCAGCGAGCUGACGAGCCAGAGGAAGGGCAGAAAGAAAGACAAGGAGAAAUGAGGGACCUGAAUCCCGCUUUUUUAACCUCAGAGCUGCCGCUCAGCCCUCCCAGGCCGGAGCUGCUGAGCCCUGGGGGGAGUGGGGGGCUCGAUUUUGGGGGGGACACAGCCUGGAGCCAGGGGCUGGGGAGGGAGAGGUGCUGUAUUGUCCUGGUUAUCCGUAUGGACACGGUGAUGGAUGUUCACAGAGGCUGGAGCUCACGGUUACAACAGGCAUUAAACACCCAAAGCAAUGA